UUUGACUCGCCAUCCCAGCCACAGCGCAGACAUUACCAGAGACCCAGAGAGGAAACAUCAGGGACAGCUUCCCUUCCUGCAAAGCAAGUGAGCUGCUCUUUAGCAAACAGAGCUUUUAUCAUGGAACAAGCCGAGGACCCCUAUUAUGUCACCAUGUAUUACCCAGGCUCAGUGUACGUGGACAUGUCAGACAUAGUUCCUCCGGAAGUGAGACCCAAACCAGCCGUCCCUGCCAAGCCCCCAAAUGUGGGGGCUCCCUCCCCACCCAACCCUUUCCCACCACAGGGGCCCGGCUUUGGAGGAGGAAGCAGCGUCUCUGUUGCUCCUCCGAGUAGUAUUCCAGUCCCCAUUGGGAGUCACGGCCUGGGACAUCUCGCCGGCCACGGUGUUGGUCAUGGUGUGAGCCACGGUGGGGCUCAUAAUGCAGUACACACCGGAGAUCUUGGCCACACUGGCUCCCACAGCUCCAGUGGGGGAUCCACACUGCUGGGGUACAUCGGUAUUGACACCAUCAUUGAGCAGAUGAGGAAGAAGACGAUGAAGACAGGCUUUGACUUCAACAUCAUGGUCGUGGGUCACAGUGGCUUGGGAAAGUCAACCCUCGUGAACACCUUAUUUAAGUCCCAGGUGAGCAGGAAGAGUGCAGGAUGGUCUCGUGACGACAAGAUCCCCAAAACUGUGGAGAUCAAAUCAGUGUCUCAUGUAAUUGAGGAGGGUGGUGUGAAGAUGAAGCUGACAGUUGUUGACACUCCAGGCUUUGGAGACCAAAUCAAUAACGACAACUGCUGGGAGCCCAUUUGCAAAUACAUCAAUGAGCAGUAUGAGAAGUUCCUGAAGGAGGAGGUCAACAUCACCAGAAAAAAGCGUAUUCCUGACACCAGGGUGCACUGCUGUCUCUAUUUCAUCUCCCCUACUGGUCACUCUCUCCGACAACUAGACCUGGAGUUCAUGAAGCGCUUGAGUCACUCGGUCAACAUUAUCCCAAUCAUUGCCAAAGCAGACACAAUGACAGUUGAGGAGAGGCAGGAGUUCAAACAGCGGGUAAGAAAGGAGCUGGAGAUGAUUGGGAUUGAGUUUUACCCACAGAAGGAGUUUGAUGAAGACAUGGAGGACAAGAGUGACAACGACAAGAUCAGAGAGGUGAUGCCGUUUGCUGUGGUCGGCAGUAACAAAGAAUAUCAAGUGAAUGGCAAACGGGUUCUGGGGAGGAACACAGCGUGGGGAGUUGUGGAAGUUGAAAACCCCAACCAUUGUGAAUUUGCUCAACUGAGAGAUUUCCUGAUCAGGUCUCACCUGCAGGAUUUGAAAGAGGUCACUCACAACAUUCAUUAUGAAACUUACCGUGCCAAGAGACUGAACGAGAACGGAGGUCUCCACCCCAUAUCCUCCAAUGACACCCAAGAAAGCAACCUGUAGUCAGUCAGGGGAGAAGUUCAGACAGAGUGAAGUAGUGCAAUGAAGCUGAUCAGUUGAUCUAAAGAAUAAGGAAAGAGAAAUCAUGUCAUUCAAAUUGAUCUGAUUCCAAACCUAAUCAUUUAAUUCACUUUAUUCCCUGAUCGUCCUGACGCAUACACAUAUCAAAACCCUAUUUCAGAGUCAUUCUCCCACAUAUAUGGAUGAAAAGACUUAGUGCCAUUGUAAAAGUAAACAUUUUAUCUACUGCCAAUGCCUUUUGUUGAUGUCCAGGAAAGUGCUACAUUAUGUGCAUUAGAGGUUUAUUUUGAAGUGUCAGUGUUGUGCAGCAAAUGAUGUUUAAAUUCAGACAAAUUAAACAGUUUGCCCUCAACACAGCAACCCAUUUUAAUUUGAAUCUGCUGCUGUCUCAUUCAGUCCUUACACUCACAAAAAAGCAAACGUGGUUAUAUCUAAUGAAAGUUCCCACUGCUCUGUAAAAGCUACAGUUGCCAUUUGGACACAGUUUGUGUGGACCUGCAUAGUAAAAAAUAGAAAAAAAAAGAGACAGCUGCAGCAUCAGGCAUGCGAGGGGAAAUUCUGUGAGCAACAAUGUGUGCAAGUAUCCACAGGGUGCGUGACUUAUUCUGUGAUUCAGUCCAAACUGUUGGAGCAAAGCACCAACAGUUGCUCCAGACCAGCUCAGCAUGCUUUCUUACACCACAGUCGAUUCAGAAGAAAGAAUUUUCCAGUGCUUUUUGCCUUUGCUCGCCGGCAGUGGCUCACUGUGUUUAUACAAUUAAUGAUAAUUAUAUAACAGGUUGUUAUCAUUAUUAUUAUUGUUAUUACCAGUUGUGACACUUAAAUGUCCAGUGAGUAAGAAUUAGUGACAUCUAAUGGUGAGACUCCCGGAGUUCAGUUCUCACUCACCCCUUCAUUUUCCUAAGAUCGUCAGGGAACUGUGACGGCCUUUGCAUUUCAGAAAAGAUGCUGUCCGUCGUUUGUGGAGCAAGCCGAUGCGUCUAAAUGCAAAACACACUUCUGUCUGUUUGAUCUGCUGUAGCAACAUGAUGGCGCAUGUACAAAAACCAAAUGAUACAUCACAACAUACACCCAAUUUGUUAUGUUACUUUGAAAGCCUGGAGUGUUUAGUUUAAACCAUGUUACAUUACAGAAAUAAAAAGUGUAUCAUGUCAUAUUCUCCUAUCAUGAGCUACUGCAACUGGACAUGCUUUAGUUCAUUUAAAAACCUUUUCUCAACUGAACUAAAGCAUAUCCAGUUGCCUAUAGCUAAUGUCUGAAGAUACAAUAACCUGGAUGACUGAGAACCUUCUUAUCAUACUGUGAAAAUCCAAUUUCACUUCCUAACUUGUGCAGAUUAUCAUAUAUAGUGUAACAUGGUCAUGUAAAACAAAUGGUCUCUGCUUAAGUUUACUUUUAGAUUGCUAUUAUGUGCCAUAAAAAAGUCAGAGAUGGCAGCAGUAUUUUUCUUGGCUUUGGGUUGGUGCUGAUUUAAAUUCCCUCUUGCUCCCCACUUGGGGGCAGCACUCUGCCACAUAUACGCGGUGACUCAAAUAGGCGCUUGAACAGCUCUGUGUCCCGCUUACAUUCGGACUGUUUAGUUUAGGAAGUGCAUUUUUUAAGAAAUCUCCUGUAAACUAAUUUCCUGGUGAUAUUCACAGAGUUUGUUUCUGCAGCUGCUCUAAGUAACAACUAACAUAUCUUUCAAAAUCAGUGUUUACGUGAAGCUUUAAGCUGAAACCCAAUGGUAUGCACUUGGGUGUAAUAAUUCGAAACUGUCAAGAUGUUAACAUGUUUACCAAGCUAUAUUCAGGAUGUCAACAUUUAUCGUUUUCUGCCAUGUACGUUCUUUUCAGUAGAGCACAACGACACCAAAAUGACGAGAAAAUGUUUCAUACAAUCAUAUGUUUGCGAUUUUGAUAUGAAGUGUGAGGUCUGCAACUAAUGAUAACAGUUGUCUAUGAUUUGAGUUUGGUGACAGUCGAGCAGAAGUGUUUACGUGCGCAUGCUUCUAUCCACGUUGCCUGUUUGCUUACAGCCAGUCUGUUCACACAUUACUGCAACUUUACAGCUACCAUUUCCAAGUGUGUCGUGUGUACAUUAAAUUGACCUGACGUAAGGUGACGUGCUGCAGUCUUAACUCAUGUAACUACACAUGGCACCCCACGAUCCUCAUAUCACUCCCUUUGAAUAGGACUUUAGUGUAGAUGUAUUAAAUAACCACUUUUCUCAGUUACUGUGACACAUUCAGACAUCAUUUUCAAUGUUACAUUGAGUUAAAUAAAGGUCUUAUUAUUGUAAUUUAUUCUUUAUUUAAUAAAAGCACGCCCACGUUUCUUUGAA